AAUGUCUGACCCAAAGAAGAUCUUAUUUAAAAUGUCUGAUUUGGAGUUGAAUGGACUAUCAGGUUUAACAGUGCCUCCGGCACCCCGAUUUAUUAAUCCCUAUCCCGACUCGGAGGAAAGUCGUGAUAAAAAAGAAGUAGAACAUAGAGAACACGAGAAUCGUAUGCAUAUACUCCGUCAGCGAGCCAAAGAAUUAGAAAGUACCGAAUGGCAAUAUAGAAACAUUGGAAAGGGUUAA